ACUUUGGGGGCAAAAAAGCCACAAACUCACUGAAAUUCUAAAAUUAAACACAAAACAGUCAGUCUAUCAAUGGAGACGACGACUCUCACUCAGCUAACAAGUCUCCUCCUCCUCCUCAGCUUCUUCUUCUUUCAUGUGUCCAAUUCAUCUACUGAUUUUCCCAUCGGAAUCCAUCCUCUAGAUGAGAAAUACUAUGCUUCGGAUGUGAUUAAAUGCAAAGAUGGAUCUAAAUCCUUUACCAUAGAUCGGCUCAAUGACGAUUUUUGCGAUUGUAUUGAUGGAACUGAUGAGCCCGGAACGGCUGCCUGUCCAUCUGGAAAAUUUUAUUGCCGGAAUGUGGGCAGUACGCCUAAAUUUCUGUUCUCUUCUCGUGUGAAUGAUGAUAUUUGUGACUGUUGUGAUGGAAGUGAUGAGUAUGAUAGUAAUGUCAAUUGCCCCAAUACCUGCGUAAUGGGUGGGGAUUUUUCUUAUCAAACAAGAAGGUAUCGCUCAAGAAGAAAACAUCUCGAUCGAGUUGGUGGAAGAAAUGCUAAUGAGGUGAUUAUGGCUGACUCGGCUCAGAGACUUAAAGGUCUGAAGAUACUGGUACUUGUACAGGUGGCCCUUAUCAUUAUUUUUCUGGUUUCGCGAAAAUUAUAUCGCCGAUCCAAGUCUAAAAGAAGACAUUCGCGUUGAGAAUUGAUCCCAGGAAUAUUGUUCCUCUAUCUUUUGUUGUCUCCCAAACAUAAUUAUUGAAUCUAACUUUGGAGUGCAGUUGUGCUCCACAAUGUUUCUGAAGGUCCAACUUGCUGAUUGUUGACGUUCUUCUUUAAAAUGAUUCUUACAUACA